GAACGAGAUGGCUUCGGAACGUGGCUCUGCACAGGUAGCGGUGUUGAUAAUUGGCUUCGUCAUCGUGUGCAUGUUACAAUCCAGCGUUGCUCAGUAUCAAAACCAAUGUCGAACGCCAGACCAGAGAGGUGGAAUCUGCGUAACCGUGAACCAGUGUCCGCGGAUCAAGGCGCUGCUAAACCAACCACUGCUGACAUCAAACGUUGUACGUUUCCUCGAAGCAAGUCGGUGCGGAAUCCUCGAGAAUAAAGUACUAGUGUGUUGUGAGGCUCCAGAAUAUACCGCUUUGACCAAUGGCCAACCAGCUGUACAAACGCAACCACCAGCCACCACAAACGCACCGUUCGUGCAAACGCGACUGCCGGCAACUACAUUCCAGCAAACGCAACCGCUUUCGCCAGCCAACGGACCAACCACCGCCGGCAGCAGAUGGUCGUACGAGGAUCGAUUACAGCUUCUACCCGCGGAAUGUGGCGUCCAAUAUACGGAUCGUAUCAUUGGCGGCGAACGGGCACAAAUCGAUGAAUAUCCAUGGAUCGUUCUGAUACAACAUCGUCGUAAAAAUGGGGAUUUGAAGUUCCACUGUGGUGGAACACUCAUCAACGAGCGCUACGUAGUGACGGCAGCCCAUUGCAUUAAUAGCGUUAAAUCAUCCUGGACUCUUACUGCCGUUCGGUUAGGUGAGUGGGAUCUUGAAUCGGAAACCGACUGCAGUACGUCGUAUGGCGAACGAUUGUGUGCCGAUCCUGUCCAGGAUAUAGCGAUCGAGAAAGUGAUCGUGCAUCCCAGCUACACCGUCACAAGGACUUCAGUAAAGAAUGAUAUUGCGCUGUUGCGACUGGCCAGCAUUGCACAGUUUAACGAUUUCGUACAACCGAUCUGUUUGCCGCUCAUGCCCGCAGAACGAUCAAUUUCCUACGAUGGUAAACGGUUCGUCGUGGCCGGUUGGGGUCAAACGGAAGAAGCACAACAAAGUCGCUAUAAGCUGUUCGUUGGAGUAUCGGGCGUUCCGGUGCAAGCUUGUCGGCAGCAGUACCCGGAAGCUAACAUCGAUCAGACCCAGGUGUGUGCUGGCGGUAAAGUAAACAUGGAUUCUUGCCGUGGUGAUUCCGGUGGACCGCUAAUGUACGUUGGUCAACGCAAUGGAGAAGGGGUGCUGUAUCUGGGCGGCGUGGUCAGUUUCGGGAAACGAUGCGGGCUCGAGGGAGUGCCAGGUGUGUACACAAGAGUUAAUCAGUACAUUGAAUGGAUCGUUAGUAAUCUGGAACCAUAG